AUGACGGCAGUAAAAAAAAGUUCCAAAAAAGAGACCAAAACCAAAAAAAUCAAAAAAGUUCCUGAAGGAAGAGGAAUUAUUCACGGCAAAUUUAGUUUUAAUAACACCAUUCUUGAUUUAAGUAAAGAAAAUGGUGAUGUUUUAACUCAAGUUAGUUCCGGAAGUGUCGACCUCGGUAAUAACAAAAAAGUUACUGGCACUAAAAAAGCUACUGCCUUCAUGGCCGAAAAAGUUGCCGAAGAAAUAAUUAGAAGAGCAGCCGAAUUUGGGGUUUAUAAUGUCGAAAUACAAGUCAAGGGAAUUGGUGCCGGUCGAGAUUCAGUAAUAAAAAAAAUAUUGGAAGAAAAAUCUUUGAAUGUGGAGGGAUUAACUGACCGAACUCCGAAUCGUCAUGAAAUAGAAGAAAUAGUUGUCAAAAGCAAACCUCAUACUUCUUCUUUUGUUUUUCACCACCUGCCUUCGGGUAUGGGAAUAGUUCUUGGUAAUUAUUUGCGACAUUUUCUUCUGAAAUACAAUGGUGGAAUAGCGGCUUUGGGAGCAAAAAUUAGUGAUAGAGACGGUCCAGUGGAAAGUGAAUUUAGUACCCUGGCAGGAGUGAAAGAAGUAACCAGUUAUCUCAUUAUUAAUCUCAAAAAGAUUAUUGUGGAAGAAAAGAAAAAAAAAGAAGGAAUUUUUUGCUUAGAAUUGAGUGUUGAGAAUAAAGAAAAAAAAGAAAAAGUAAUUACGGCAGGAGAUUUUCAAAAAGAUAAAGAUAUAGAAAUUAAAAAUCCCGAUCUUUAUUUGGCUACUUUGGCUGCCUCUACUGGUGGAUUGGUAAAUUUCAAAGUAAAUUCACAAGUGAUUAGUCAAGAAAAAACGGAAGAAGAAUUAACUCUCACUAUUACCACUAAUGGCGCUGUUACACCAAAAAAGGCUAUCCAAGAAACUCUAGAGUUAUCAAAGAUGGAGACUAGUUUGCCAAUGGCACGGAGUCUGACUAAGUUAUUAGCCAAACUCAUUAAAUAUGCUAAACAAGACACUUUACAUUCGCGGCGCUUGGCCUUGCAAUAUUUAGUCAACAAAAAAAAAUUGGAGGACAAAGAAGGGAAAAAGUUGCUCGACAAACUAUUUUCUGACUUAAAAGAAAGAUAUAAGGAUAGAGCAGGCGGUUAUAGCCGGAUUACUAAAUUAAAUUAUCGGGUUGGCCUAGUUAGCUCAGUGGCAGAGCAUCCGGCUGUUAACCGGCAGGUCGGAGGUUCGAAUCCUCCACUAGGCGCCAUUUUUAAUUUAUGCCAGAGUUUAAAGUUAAAUGCUGAUAUUUUGGAGAAAGGGAAAACAAGUUUUUUAAGGACAAAAAAGAACAAGUAUAUCACAAGUUUAGCGUAUCUAAUGCCAGCGACUUACCCGACAAAUUUUUUCGUUCUUUAUGAAGAGAUGAAUGUAACAGCAGGAGUUGUUAUUUGUGGAUAUCAAAGGAAUUGA